AAUUCUUCAUGAAGAAGAAAGAUCUUAAGCAACAUGAUGGAUUCUGAAGCUCAUGAAAAGAGGCCACCAAUCCUAACAUCUUCAAAAGGAGAUGUAUCACCUCACCUUACAAAUGUUAGUGAAAUGAAGCAUUACUCGUGUGGCUCCUGUGCAGCUUUCAAAUUUCCUAUUCAGAAGGUUCUUUUUAGGCAACAGUUAUAUGGCAUCAAAACCCGGGAUGCAAUACUUCAGUUGAGGAGGGAUGGAUUUCGAAAUUUGUAUCGAGGAAUCCUUCCCCCGUUAAUGCAGAAAACAACUACUCUGGCACUUAUGUUUGGUCUCUAUGAAGACUUAUCCUGCCUUCUCCUCAAGCAUGCCAGUGCUCCAGAGUUUGCAACCCGCAGUGUGGCAGCAGUACUGGCAGGAACUACAGAGGCAAUAUUCACUCCACUGGAAAGAGUUCAGACAUUGCUUCAAGACCACAAGCAUCAUGACAAAUUUACAAACACUUACCAGGCUUUCAAGGCACUGAAAUGCCAUGGAAUUGGAGAGUAUUAUCGAGGCUUGGUGCCCAUUCUUUUCCGCAAUGGACUCAGCAAUGUCUUCUUUUUUGGCCUUCGGGGUCCCAUUAAGGAGCAUCUGCCUACUGCAACAACUCACAGUGCUCAUUUGGUCAACGAUUUUAUCUGUGGAGGUCUUCUGGGUGCCAUGUUGGGAUUUUUGUUUUUUCCAAUUAAUGUUGUAAAAACGCGCAUGCAAUCUCAGAUUGGUGGGGAAUUUCAGUCUUUCCCCAAGGUUUUCAAAAAGAUCUGGCUAGAGCGGGACAGGAAACUGACAAAUCUUUUCAGAGGUGCCCAUCUGAAUUACCACCGAUCCCUCAUCUCGUGGGGCAUAAUCAAUGCAACUUACGAGUUCUUGUUAAAGGUUAUAUGAAAAUGUCAAUUAAGUGCCAUUUAUCAACUGAAUACCUAAGAAGAAUGCAGUUUGGCCUCGUUCUUAAUCGGCCAACUAUAAGUUGGCGUCUUAAGUCCAGGCCACAGUGAGUUAUGGGCAAAGUUGUUUUCCUUAAGCAUCAACAAAAACAGAAUGAAGGGUUUCAAUAGGGAAGUU